UCUGCCGUGUCGCUUGACGAUGACGUAGUAGCCAACCGGUAGACAUGCGAGUUGUUUUUGAACCGUCUACCGGUACGUCCAUGGUGUAAACCGGAGAGAAGAGAGAGAAACGAGGCGUCCGCAGGGGAAGCUGCAGUGAGCGAGGCGGCCGUGUGCCGGGAGGCGGAGGAGCUGGAGCUGCAGCCGGAGCGGUACGUCCAGGACCUGGAGCAGGCGCUCACCGAGACAGAGAGCUCCGUCACCUACAGCUUCACGCUGACGCCGUCUCCACCCGCCCGCCGCUCCGCGCUCACGCUGGCGUACGAGAAGGUUCAGAAGGACAUCUCUUUCCGGUUGGGUUCGGUUCUGCUGGAGGCCGUCCCCGAGCCCGCGGGGGCCGUGAGGGACUUCCUGGUCCACAGCCUGCAGCGGGGGAACCAGCUGGAGCGCCUCAACCAAGACCUGGACCAGGAGAACCAGAGACUGAGACAAGAGCAGCAACGCAUCACUGCAGAAUUGAAGCGGUAUGCCGAGGGUAAGGUAACCCUGGAAACGGAGCUGUACUCCCGGUUUGUUUUGGUCCUGAAUGAGAAGAAAGCGAAGAUCCGAAGUCUACAGGAAGCAGUCACACACCUGCAGGAAACCAGGUCGGAGGGACAGAAAAAGGACAACUCUGCAAACUCGGAGCGGGCGGCCGGACAGGAAGAGGACGACUACACAGGAAGUACCGACGAGGAGCCGGAGGAAGUGAUGUCGUCUGCCGCCUCCGCGUCGUCGGCCCGGGGACGCUCUUCUGCGAGCCCAUUGGACGACAGCCUUAAGGACAUCCCGGACGUGGCCCCCUGUCGCAAGCGGCGCUUCCGCCACGUGGAGGCGCCGGCCGCCGAGCCCCAGAGCUCCCAGAGAAAGAGUCUCAGGACCGACCCCCAAGGAGCAUCCAGUAAGCAGCAGAUUCCCCCGCAGCGCCCCACAGAUGCCGCAGAGCCAAAUGCCGAAGUCGAGGAUCUGUUUGACGACUUUUAACUGGACUGUACACAGAGAGAGAGAGAGAGAGAGAGAGAGAGAGAGUAUUGGUUGGUAUAUGUUUCAUAUUUGUAUACAAACAAUAUAUAUUAAGGGUCAUGGAUGGCAGAGGAAUUGUUAAUUUAGUUGUUGUGAUUGUUGGGUGGAUGGAUGGGUGACAAAUGAAGGUAAAACACACGCAGUGUCUCCGUGGGAUAUCGCUCCAGCCUCAACAACAGCUUCACUAUUUCUUCUUUGUAGAAAGUGAAACUUCACUGAAGGAAAAACAUUCUUC